AUGUCUCUCAAUCGCUGCGAGGAACCUCCGCCGCCAGCUCUGGUCAGAGCGCAUCCGGGAGAGCGCGAGACGAAUCGGACUUCAAGUGCCAAGAUUUCGAGGAGAAACGUUCCCAAAUACUGGACAAGUGUGAUUUUCAUCGCUUACUGGCUCGUACUCGCGCUCGUCACGACCGCCCUAUACCGUCGAGCGUUCCGAUGCAAAACCGUGUUACUCGCAGGUUCCGCGUCAGUGGCACUCGCCGUGAUUCUGUUCGGACUCCUGGAGUUCGUACCGUGCAAUACAGGAUUCGUUUUCCUGGCGGUUCUGCUACGGUGUAUCGAGGGCGCUGGCUGCGCAAUGUUCCACGACGCGAGCGAAAACUACAUCCGUUUCCAUUUCGAGAACAAAAGAUCAAUGUACCUCGGAGCGAACCAAAGCCUCUACUAUUUCGGAUUCGUAUUCGGACCCAUCGUCGGCGGGAUGAUUUACAGCGACGGAUCGUUCUACUAUCCGUUUUUCGCAGCCGGCGGAUCCGUGAUAGUGUGUUUCGUGACGCUGACGUUCGUCGUGGAUAAACACUGUCUCGAAGACCGACUCACGGUCUCCACGCUCAGCUACACCGCGCCUUUCAAGUUGUCGAAGUUUCUCUUCGUCGUUGUGCCAUACACUUGUCAAGGUUUCAACUUGUGCACCCUAUGGUUCCUGCUCGACGGAUCCUUAAAACUGCCGCCGCUCGCGAUCGGUGGACUGGUCGCUCUGCCGGACAUCGCGAGCUGCUUGAUGACGCCGGUGUUCGCUCCCUUCGUCACGCCGGACUCGUGUCUUCCGAUGUCGCUGAUCUACGCAAUCGGAUCGGCGCUGACAUCCGCGUCGGUGUAUCUCCUGGGACCAGGCUAUCCGACGAGUCGGGUCUUUCCCACGAGCGCGCCUCACGCGAGUUUCUGCUUAUUCGGACUCGGUGUCGGUCAGGCGUUGCUUCUGCUGGCUCCCAGGGUCACUGAAGCGGGAGCCCUGAGAGCUUUCGAUGCCGCCUUCUCAUUGGUGUCUGUCUGGGCUUUCAUCGGAUCAAUUUUGGGAGCCUGCCUUUCGAUUCCCGCAAAUGGAAUUCUGGACUUGCAUUUGGGCUUCACCAUCACCAGCGCCCUUUCAGCGGCUCUGGGGACCGUGGGUGUCGUGAGCUUCUUAGCGAAGAAUUAG